AACCGUCUUGGCGGCCAUAUUGAAUCUCAUCUAUUGACAGUUGUGUCGCUAAUAGGCUGAAAAACAUUACGACAAGUUAUUUGGAUGUGCGCUAUAACUUUUUAUUUUAUUUUACCGUGAACAAUGUCCUAACUGGAAAUAUUAUCGUGUAAAAACAAGUCAUGGAUGAAGAUGAACGGCAAAGGAAGUUAGAAGCGGGGCGAGCCAAGAAUUCUUCUAUUGUGCAACAAAGCCAGUCACUUGCUAGCUUCAGACAGAAGCGGGCGAAAAGCAACGCGGGGGAGGCGAAAAAGACGCAGAAGAGGAAGAGUCAGGCUGACCCGAAGAAUGACAGCCCAACGCAAGACUGUCACGUAGAGCCAACUCCUCCAUCAGGAAGUGCCACAGAAACCAAUCACAAGGAGGCCUUAAAGGUAGAUGAUUCAGAUGUUCAGGGUGAUGAGUCAAGUAAACAGCCUCCCACUCCAGAGCGUUGCCCAUCUCCUGUGGAAGUUUUGGGAGAGGAAGAGCUAGCUGCACUGACUGGCAAAGAACAGCUCAAGCAGUUGCAGUUGGCUGUUGAGAAGCGUAAUGAGAUCAUUGCCAAACUCAGCUCCAACCUCCAAGAUGCUCUGGCAAGUAGAGACCUGGUACAGCUGGAGGCCCACUCUCUUGCAGAUCAGAUUCGAGCUCUGCAGAAACAACUCCAGCAGACGAGUGUUGAAUUUCAGCGUAUCAAAGUUCAGUCAGGAGCUGAAGUCUUGAAUGUUCAUCAGCAUCAUCAUCAUUCACUACCUUCACAAGAUCUCAAAAACAACUUAGUUGAGGAGCUGGCAAAAGAAUGUCCUGAUUCUCACGCUGUUACUGAAAGCUUUAAUCUUGACAGUGAUGGUGAGAUUAACACUAUACUGCACAAGUUGAGGUUUGAGCUGGAGGAAGAAAAAAAGAAGAACCAACGCAUCAGUUCAGAACUAGCGGAGGAGAUGGAGAAAAAACGCCACGUGCUGUCAUUACUGGAGAAAGAAAAACAAGGAAGAGAGGUGGAACGAAGAGAAAAUGAGGCAACGCUACAAAAUCUUCAGACUCAGUUAAGCCAAGUACAAACACAGUGCCUUGUGAUCCAGCAAUACAAAGAAGAGAAAGACAGAGAGAUACAUGAAUUGAGGCUCAGGCUUCAUAAGGAAGAAAAUGGAGAAAGCUCUGGCCUUUACCUGCAGAACGUGGAGGAUGAAAGACAGAGACAAGAAGAAGAGAUAAAGAGGCUAAAGGAGGAGCACAGAAAGGAGAUUGAGCUUAUCCGGCAGAUUUUGGAGCAAAGAGAACAAGAACUUCAGCAAAGAGAUGAUGAAAUCAAAGAACUAAAAGCUUCUGAAAACCAUCAAAGUCCCAAAAAUGUUAGUAUUGAUUCUGAGAAGACUUCUGUUGAGGAAGCCAAUGUGGAAAGAGGACCUGAUCAGGACAGCAUAGAUGCCUCAAUACAAGGAGAUAUUCUCAUGGAGCGAUACCUGGCUUCAGCACCUCUGGGAUUCUCUCAAUCGUCUGCAGUUAAUGAGAGCUUUGAACAGUGCAGUCAGCUGGACAUUUCUGCAGACUACAGUUUUGAGCUCAACAGCGAUGCACUUCAAGACCAGCCUCUGUUGUCCAUUUCCAACCAUCCCUCUGAAGAACACGAGCACUUUCAAAACAUCUCGUUCCAACACAAUAUCAAUGAAGCUGGUGAUUCCACUCCUCAGUCUCUCUCGAAAUGGCAUCAGAACUUCAGCUCCGGUGAGCUGGACUUGAGUCAGAUGUCCCAGCAGCAGUUUGAGAAGACAGACUUGGAGAAGGACUUGCUGAAUCAGCAGUGUUUGGAGCUGCAGGAGGAGCUCGCUCUGAAGGAGCGGGAGCUGGAUGUCUUAAAGGAGGAAGUCCUCCAGAGUGCUGAAGAGCUGGAGGAAGCAAGGAGCAGGUGGGCCCAAGUAACAGAAGAGCUCAGACAUGCUCUCUGGGAGCUUGAAGAAGAGAAACAGAAGAGAAGAGAUAUCGAGGAAGAGAUGAAAACCUAUAUGGAAGAUCGUCGAAUGGAAACUGGCACCCUAAUAGAAAGAAGGGAGGAAGAAGAUGGUUCAGCAGUGAUGAUUGUAGAAGAAGCUGAGAGCUCUUCUGAGACGUUCCUGCUCACCUUUGUAGAAGCAGAUGAUAAUACAUUAGUUAAUGAGGUAACAGAAAAUGAGAACAAAUCUGUUCUGGUUUUUGAAAAUGAUCAAGAGGAGCAAACAAAUUUAACGGCAGACUCAACUGAAGAGAGCCAGAAGUGUGGAGAUGACUUUAAGAUCCAAACUUUGCAGGAGCACAGUGACUACCUCACUUCAGAACUGGAGAAAACAAAAGCUGAAUAUGAAACCACAUCAGCACUGUUGACUCAAAAGACUGUCGAGCUUGAGGGUGUAUUAAAAGAACUUGAAACGACCCGCGCUCAGGUCGUAAAUGUACAAAAAGAGGUGGAGAAAUUGCAGAAAGAAUUGCUUAGCAACCACGACUCUUUGCAAUGGGCCGAAAAAGUCAAAAGCGAGCUGGAAGCUCAAAUCUUAUGUCUGCAACAAAACCUCACAAGUUUGGAGGAAGCCCAAACUCAAUCUGUGCAACAGAGGGAGGAGGCCAAGGCAAAGGAGCAGCAGAUGGAGGAACAGAUAAAAAAGAUGGAGCAAGUCUUAGAGGAGGAGCUUGAGCAGUUUGAGAGCAUAUUAAAAGCAAAGGAUGUUGAGUUGGCUGAUGAGAGAGAGAAAUGGGAGAUGGAGAAACAGGAGAAGGAACAACUCCUUGAUGAGACCAGUCUGCUGAGGGAGCAGGUGAAGGAGAAGGAAAAUGAGGUGAAGGCUCUUCUGGAGAAGCAGGUCCUCGCUGUGCAGGAGGCCACCCAAAAACUCAGCUCUUCUCACCAGGAACAGAUAAAGGACCUAACGGAGAAACAUCAACAAGAGAUUUCUAAGUUAAACACCCAAAUGGAGACGGAGUUAACAAAGCUUCAAGCCAAGAUGGAGGAGGAACAAAAGCGACAAAUUAGUCUAAUCAAACAGGUUACUGAGCGUGAACAUGAAAGAGUCAUAUCAGAACUCACUGCUAAGCACAAAGAGGAGCUGAAUCUACUCAGGGCUGAAGUGUCCUUGGAGCUGAGGGAAAGCAUGGAAGCUGCUCACCAGGCUGAGCUGCAGCAGAUACAAGUCCAAAAGACCUUGGAUCUCGAAGCCUUGCGUCUGAGCCUGACCUCACUGGAUGUGAACACGACGAAUGUUAAAUUGGAAGUGGACCAUACCAAAGAGAGUCAGGAACAGGAGGAGCGUCUUCUGCACCAACAAAAGAUGGAUGCUUUAAUAGACCAGUGGGAGGUCCGUGUUGCUGAGGAGAGAGCAUCAUUGGAGGAAAAGCAUUCCAAAGAGAUGCAGGCUCUUAAGGCUCAGUUGGAGACGGAGGCAAAGAAUUUCCAGAUGUCUUUCUCUGACAUAAAAAACACUCUCACCUGCACUCAGGCUGAACUGACCAGCACACAGAGCUCUCUCACACAGACCACUAAAGCUUUAUCUGAAGCCAAAGCAGCUUUGAGCCAGGUUCAGGCAGAGCUGCAGGAGGCACAGGCUAGAAUGGAGGAACUUCAGACCUUCAGCAAGGAACAGGUUCAUAAACUAGAGGAAGAACUAAAGCAAGUUCUGAAAGAACGAGAUUCCUUGGAGAACUUGGUGUGCCAGCACAAAACAGAGCUCCAGGAGAAGGAUCAACAAGCCCUCCGCUAUGAAGAAAAAGAGCGAUCACUGCAACAAGAGGUUGUUCGGCUGGAAGAGGAGAAAGCCUUGGUCAAGCAAAACUCAGAAGAAGAAGUGGGUCAGCUGUGGACCCAGCUGGAGAGCAUGAGGGCCAGUCGACGAGAGCUUGGAGAGCUCAAGGAGCAGCUGUUGGCUCGCUCCUCUCAUGUUGAUGACAUUGAACGCCUGAAGACAGAAUUUAAUGAACAAAAGCAGGAAAUUAAGGAGCAGAAUGAAGCUGAGCUGGAAAACCUGAGGAGGUAUUUUGAGAAGCGUUUGCAUGCAUCAGAAGAAAGUUACAAAGAGGAAAUAGCUCUGCUACAGAUGCGGCUUGUAGAAAGUGCCUUGGAGGAGUCGGUCGUUUUAACGUCAGAAGAUGGUACUUUAUCUCAGGUUCAAGUUGUAGAGAAAAAACAUGUCCCUGAUGCUGCUAAAUUUGAGGAACAGCAGGGAAUACUCAAUACUUUGAAGCUUGAGUUGGAGGAGAAACACGCCCUGGAGCUUUCUAAUAUGAAGUCUUCUAUGGCUUACUCUUUUAAAGAAGAACUCCAGCAGAUGCGCUCAGACAUCACUGAGGAUCAUCAUAAAGAACUUCAGGAACUAAAGAUGAUGUAUGCCCUGGAAGUAGAGCAACUUGAAGCCAAACCUUCUGACGUUCAUUUACAAGACUUACAGGAGCAACUUACUAUAGUCCACUUGGAGGCGGCAAGGCAAGCUGAGGCUGAAAUAGAACAAAGGAUGUGGUGUCUAACUGAGGAGCUGCACGCAAAGAUGCAAAUCAUCCACAUUCUGGAGAAAAGACUAGAGAACCUAAGCAAGCAGCGUGAUGAAGAGAUGGAGCAGAAUUCACAAAAGCUCGACCAUCUCGAGAAAGCUCUGAAUCAAGAAAGAAAGCAUCUGGAAGAGAAAAUAAAAGAGCUUCAGGAAAAGCCCAAAAGUGAAGUGUCUCCAUUAAACUCUGAAAAGGAAAGUGAGAAGUCUCCAACAAAAAAUCUCCAUCGAGAGAAGGAGAAGUCUUUUCAGGCGAUUUUGGACAACGAGAUCCCACAUUCCCCUGUGAUGAAACCGGAGACUCAGUAUGACACCGAACCGGAAAAGGCAAAGAACUACAUGUCUGCAGAAAUCAAAGAGCUCACCAUUCAACUUCAGAAGCAGAGUGAGGAGAGAUUGCACCAAGCCCAGCAGAGGUUUCAGGAGGAAAAAGCAGCACUGGAGCAGCAACUGGUCCAAAAAUACGAAUCGUCUUUUGCAGAACUUAAAAACGAGUGCAAAGCAGAGUGGGAGCAGGAGAGAAUGAUGCAACUGAACGAUCACUCUCAAGAGAUGGAUGCACUAAAUGCCAAACAUCAUUCACAACUAAAUUCACUUGCUGCCAGUCACAAAAGCCAGCUAGCAGCUGUAGUCACUGAGCUUGAAUCUAAGCACCACGCAGAGCUGGUUGCCUUGGAGGCAGCACUCCAUUCCAAACGAAAGGAAGACCUUGAACGCCUGGAGGCCGUUUUUCAGGAGACCAAUCAGGUGCAGUUGGAAGCAUUAGAAGCAGAAUUGUCUCGCAAACAUCAAGAAGAGAUGGACGAACUAGAAAAGAGGAUGCUGGGUAAUAUGGACACUUUGGAAGCCACUUACUUGAAGGAAGUGCAAGCACUUCGAAAUGAUAUCGUUCAACUCCAGGAGAAGCAUAAGCAAGAGCUUAUUUUCAAGGAUGCAGAACACAAAAAUAUUUUGGAGCAAUUUACGACAGAACAGAUGUCCGUCAGAGAAGAACUGCGGAAGGAGCUGGCUCAAGUUCACAUGGAAAAGUUUAAAGCCAUGGCAGCAGAGCUCAGCUUCGUUCAGAAGAAUGAGCUGGCUUCUCAGAAAGAGGCCUUGGAUGCUGAACACUGCAAGGCUUUGGAAGCACUCAAGAAGCAGGUUUUUGAUCUUGAACAGCACCACAAUGCUGCCCUGGAGGAUCUGACAAAUACUUACACUUCUGAAAAAGACCAGCUAACCCAACAGUUUAAUCUCCAACUUCAGGAGCUGAGAGGGACAUCUGCACGAGAACUGGAGGCUGCUCGCCGGGAGCUUGAAGAGUCGUCGUCAAGGCAACGGCAGCAUUACCUGGAAGAGGUGGAGCUCCUCAAAGUCAGAUCAGAAGAGAAGCUGCAGGACAAGAUUAAUCAGCUGAUGACGGAAUUUGAAGCGCAGAAGGAGGUGGAGCUUGAAGACUUAAGGCGGAGCUUCGCAUCUGAUCAACAGGAAAAGGAACAGAGCUACACAAACAAAAUGAGCCAGCUCACUGUUCAGCUGCAGCAACUUGACGCUGUGGUCGCCCAGCUCCGUGCAGAAGUUGGAUGUCUGCAGGGAGAGCUUCAGGGAAAAAGUGCAGAAAUGGAGACUAUGGACACCCUUCUUCAACGAAGGGAGCGAGAAAGUCAGGAAGGAGCCAACCUUCUACAGAUGCUCACAGAUGAUUUACAGGCAGCCAAAGAAGAAAAAUUCAAACUUCAUCAUACAAAUGAAAAGUUGGCUAAAGUCCUGGUUGAGAUGUUUCGUAGCAUCAGAGCAACAGAGGAACAGAUCGGACAAAAGAUCAAUACUAGAAGUAAAACAUCAGAGCAGGCGACCCAACAGAGGAGCUUAACAGAGAGCAAAGAUGCUCAGGAGUCGGGUAUUUCAGUUGCAGAUUUAACAUCUGAUGACUUGGAGAUGACCCAACUCCUCUGUGAGAGUUUGCUGGUCUCAGACUCUCAGAUCAAUCCUGUAGGAGAAGAAUCUGUUUUGAACGCCUGCUGCAGAUUACGUCAGGCAGUAGACAUGCUGCUUGACCUUCUCAACCAAGCCAAUACCCAGCUUGAAGAGACUAGAAAUGUCCAUCUUUCGCUGGAGGAGAAGUUUUCCAAAGGUAAAGAAGACUCGGUGCAACUCUUGGAACAGCACAAGCUCCUUUUAGAGCAACUUGAUGAGGAGGCCAAGCUGAAGAGUCAACUCCAGUUAGAGCUCCACAAGGCAGAGGGGCUUCUGGAGGGAUACGUGGCUGAAAAAGCUGUUCUAGAAGAGUCUCUUCAGCAGAAGGAGAAUCGAGAAGAAAGGCUCGUGGAGGAGCUGGAGGAUCUGAAAAUGAAGUUUCAACAGAUGCAAGGCUUUGCUGAAGAGAUGGAAAGCCUUAGAUUGAAGCAUCAGGAGCUCAUCGAGGAGAACGCAAGUCUUCUUCGCCAGAAGGACCAUCUUUCAGCUGGACUUGGGGAACGGGAAAAAGCUUUGUUGGCAGAGACGGAGCGUUUGACCCAAGAUAGGCUGGAUUUGCAGCGGCAGGCAGAAAAGGACCACAAGACUCUGACCGUGCACCUCCGACACCUAGAGAGAGAACUUGAAGAGCAGGAAACCAAAGUUCUGGAGACUGAGCUGCACAACAAGACUCACACCGAGGACCUGAACCAGCGUGUCCAAGCUCUUGAGAAGCAGCUAAAACACGACAGGCAAUUCAUAGAAGAGCAAGCUGUGGAGCGUGAACACGAGCGAGACGAGUUCCAGCAAGAGAUCCGCCGGCUUGAGGCUCAACUGAGACAACCUACCAGUGUGGACAACAGAGGCAGCAGGUUUGAGGACUUGGUUCUGCAGUUGGAGACUCUUAAUGCUAUCAUCAAAGACAAAACCGAGGAUUAUGAUUCUUUAAUGACGGCCAAUCAGCAAGCCCAGCGUGAUCUUGCAGAGCGCAAUGAGGAGAUUGACAAGCUAGCGGGGCGCAUCCGAGAGUUGGAGCAAGCUCUGCUCAACAGCGCUGAGAGUGUUAGAACUUUCCAGCAGCUGGAGCAAGAGCUGCACAAAGUGAAGCAACGAGAACAGGAGCUCAAACAAGAUAAGCUUAUAUUAGAGCAGCAGCAGCUGUCCAGCAGGCUUCAAAUCUCUGCCCUGCAAUCCAAGCUGGAUGAAACACGACACUGUUACCAUGACAACGCACAUGACCCCACCCACGAGCUUAGGGAUGCCUUGGACACGGCUCAGCAGAAACUACACAGCAAAGAACAAGAGGCUGACAUUUUGCUUGACCAAUUGGAGACUGUGCAAAAAGACUUGAGUCUCAAAGAGGUUGAAUUGAAGCACCUGACACUUCAGUUGCAGCUACUAACAGAAAGGAAUGCAGCUCAUGUUCAGGAGCUCCAGGAGCAGAUUUCUUACCUGAAGGAAAAGGUUUCAACCCUCACCAUAAAUGCAGAGGAAAAGGAGGAAUACAUCCAAGUGGAAGAAACUGAGGAGGAGACUCUUCCCUCAGCUCUUAUUCUGGAGAAAAACCAGGAGAUUGACCACCUGAGUAGUGAAGUCCAAAGACUGGAACAGGAGCUGGAGAGUGCACGAGACGACAAAGUCCAUGCUCUAGAGGGUGAAAUUGAGGAUCUGCGUUCUCAAGUUGAGCGUCUUCAGUCUGAAAUCGCAAGAGUCCGCCAUGACAAACAGGAAGAAGAGGAGCGCCUUCACGAAGUCAUCAGCACACUCCAAGCAGAGCUUGCCACAUUAGGCCCCAACCUGCAUGAAGUCAGUGACUCUCAGGAUGGAGACAGCUUCAACCCCUCACCUGCACCCAGCCCAGAACCUCGCUGUGUUCUCCCGGAACAAGAGACGGGAGGGAAGCCGAGCAGCUUGAAGCACGAGCUCAACCAGACUCAUUCUGCAUCCUCACAUUCGCUUCGAUCUCGUCUCAGAAGCCUCCAGAGCCAGCUCGAGACUGCUGCAGCAGAGAAGGAGAGUCUGGAGCGACUUCUGCUCACCCAGGAGGAAGAAUACAGAGGACAAGGGGAAGAAUUUGGAAAAAGGCUCAAAGCGGAGAGGAAAAAACUUGAUGAAAUCCAGGAUCUUCUCAAAGUGAAGGAAGCUGAGCUGGAGGAGGAGAAGGAGACGAGGAAACUUGCAGAGAAGGAGAGGGACAGUUGGAAAGCUCAAGUCAAAGACGUAAGCCCCUCACAUGAAGAGAUGGCUCACCUUCAAUCCCUGGUUUUGGAAUUACAAAAAAACAAACAGGCCAGCGGAAAAGAGAUGGAGACGUUAAAAACCAAAGAGGAGGAAAUGAAAACGGAAAUGGAGAUCCUUCGAGAAGCUGGGCACACGCUUGAAAGACAAGUCCAGGAGAUGAGAGCAGAGAUGGUGGACAUGGAGAAGCUGGUCGCUGAGGGGCGGUCGCAGAUUAAAUCUCUUGAGGCCACAAGAGGAGAGCUCUCUGCCGAGUGUGAGCUGCUUAGACGGAGAGAAGGUCAGCUGCUGGAGGAAAUUGUGAAGCUGGAAUCUCAAUCAUCUUCAAUGAAAGCUCUUAUCCAGGACUUGACUAUGAAGCUUAAAGAUCAAGAAACAAGACGAGAAGAAGAUCAGAAGGCAGUCUUGACUCAUGCUGAUGUGACCCUAGCUAAAGCAGAUGCAGCUUUGAGGCAAAAAGAGUUGGAGUUUGAUGACUUAAAGGCAGAGAAUCAAGUGCUCAGGUCAGAGCUAACUGCAGUGAAACAUGGACUGAGCACCAGCUCAGAGAAGGCUCACCAACUCCAUGAAGAAGGACAGACCAAAGACCGUGCUCUCGUUGAUCUGGAGACCGACAAUCGGAGACUAAAGGCAGAACUCCAGCGUCUUCAGAAAGACCUGACCGUACAGGAAGAAGAACUGGCCUAUCAGCAAAGAGAGCUCCAGCUGCUGCGACAACAUUGUCAUGAACAGAACAUAUUUUCUCACCACCAGGAAUACUCACAGAAAACUUUCAAGGAUACUGUGGCUCUCAAUGAAGCGUCUCUGAGUUCUCCAGAGGUUUUACGAAGACUCCAAUGCUCUGAGGACAGAAUCCCGGAACAUUUCCACACCUCUGUCCUUGAUUCUCAUCUGUCUGGGCUCAGUGGUGUAAACAGUCCUGGUCUGGAUCCCCCUAAGGUCAAAAUCUCUCCCAGGGUUGUAAUGGAGCCUCUGCAAUCCAGAACCAUCACCCCUGAUCCGUCCACACAGAGAACCCACUCCCCAGGCUCUCUGUCAGUGUCUGACAACUUUUCAUUGGUUGACUCAAUCGAUGCUGAAAAGGUGCAUGAGUUGGAAGGACUAGACCAGACGGCUCCCCCAUCUCCAUUUGACUCUGCCUCAUCCAUAUCAGCACAAGAAUGGGCCAGUGAUGGCUACGGCAGCAAUGUAAGUUCAGAACUGGGUGCCAGGCUGAAAGUGGAGCUCGAACAGACCGAAAGGCUGGAUGCUCAGUUCGUUGAGUAUCUCCGCUGCAGAGGAAUGAAUCCCGCCGUGAACACUGAUAGUGCCGCUGGCAGUAUGAGCUACAGUGAGGAUCUGAUGUCUCCAGAGCUACAGGGUCUGUUGAGAAAGGUCUAUCACGAAAGCUGCAAAAUUCUCACUUUAAGCCAGCGCCGCGUCAGCCCUUCAGUGAAACAGAACGUUUCAGCCUACUCAUGCAGUCAAACUCAGUCUAAGGACAACUCUGGUCCUCUGGACUAUGAGAAUGAAUCACAGCUGCCUCAUCCUCCCAUGAGCUGGCAGCAGGAGAAAAGAGCGCUGCAGGAGACUGUGAUCGCUCUCAGAGAGCUGCUCUGUCGAAUGGCACAGAGGCACUCACAAGUGGAUUUAUGUGAGGAUAACAGGCGGACAGCUCAGCUGCAAAUUGAUGGAGCAGUUGAUGUUCAUAUGAGGACAGAGCUGGAGGAGAAGCAGAAGCAGCUACAAUGUGCUCAUGAUACUCUGAAGGAACACAAGAACAAGAUACUUUCUCUCAGGCUGACUCUAGAAGAACACGAUGAGGCUUUACAGAGGGAAAAGGCCAGAGUCCAGGAGCUUCAGCGUGAACUGGAACAAGAAAAGGCUCUAAACCUCUGCAAAGAAAGGGAUAAGGAAGAACAGAGAGAAGCCUUGCAAGUGUCUUCUGAGGAGCUGAAAUCUGAGGUUUUGUCUCUAAAGAGUCAGGUUAAACAGGAGAUGGUGACCUGCAGUAACCUCAGGCAAGAACUCCAGAUUGAACAGUCCCGCAGUGCGCUGCUUGAGAAACGCCUUGAAGACACCUUGAAGAUACUUGAAGAUGGACGCCAACAUUCUGCCCAACAACAAGAGCUCAACUUGAAAGAAAAAACUCAUCUAGGCCAACUCCUGGAUGAAGCGGAGUCACGACUGGCUGAGAUGCACUCUAAGCUCGCAGAUUCUCACAGGAAAAUCGAUGACGAGAGGGAACGCUGCUCACAAGAGAUGAACCAGCUCAGCAGAAGACAUGAGGCCGAUGCCGCCAGAGACAGGAAGUUCAUCUCCGAUUUGCGCUCCCAGUUGGAGCAGGAGAGGAGGCAGGGUGAAGGCCUGGCCGACGCUGCAGAGAAACUGAGGACUGAACUGCUGCAAAGCAGGAGGAAAUGGGAGGAAGAGGAUAAAACCAGGAGAGAGGAGCUUCAGAGGGAGCAGGACGCUGCUGCAAAGCACAGGGUUUUAAUCAGGACUUUAAAAGAACAAAAACGUGAAAUCAGUUGUGCUUUAGAGGCUGAGCAGGAGCGGCGCCGACACCAGGAGAAGGAAGUGGCUGAGCUGAAGGAGAGGCUCCAACUGCUGAAGAAUAAGGAGAAAGAGAUGGAGGAGCAGUGGGAGAGGGAAACCAGAAAGAUCAGGCAAGAGCAGAUGGAGCGAGAGAGGAGGCAAGAGAGGACCAAAAAUAAACUGCUGGAGUUGCAGUCGCUGAGGCAGCAGGACCAACAGCGUGUGCAGGAGCUCCAGCAAACUCUGGCAGAACUUGAAAAAGAGGAAAAAGAAAUGGCUGCUCAAAGGCUAGCUGGAGAAACUUCAGAACAACAGUCUGCUUCAGCACAUUUCCACACUGAAACUGAAGGGAUUCAUUCUAGCAUCUCACAAAAACACCAACAGAUGUCCUCGUCAUCCUCUAACCUGCUGGAGACGUUACUAAAAGAGAACUCUGAACUAAAUGAGCGAAUAGCCUCUUUUAGUCAGGAGAGGUCCACCUACAAACACAGACUCUCCACAUUAGAGAAGCAGCUUCGGCGCACAGAAAACGAACUCUCUGCUGUGAGCACCGAAAGAGAGAACCGACCCAUCAAUGACCCGAGCAGCAGCAGCAGGUUGCAGCGUUACUAUGAGCGUUACCUGCGCGCUGAGAGCUUCAGGAAAGCUCUGGUUUAUCAGAAGCGGUACCUGUUGCUGUUGCUGGGAGGAUUCCAGGAGUGUGAACAGGCCACACUGUGUCUGAUUGCUCGCAUGGGAGCGCGACCUUCAACCCCCCUUUCAGCCCCCCGCAGACCCAUCAGACGAUUUAGAGCUGCUGUUCAAGUCGUCGUUGCACUCUCAAGAAUGAAGUUUUUGACUAGGAAAUGGCAAAAAGCAAUUCGAAGGCCGUCAUUGUCUGCUACUGGGCAUGCUGCUGGACCUAAAGUGGACGUCUUAAGACAGCAGCAGCCAAGAUCCAAAUCAGAUUUGACCCAGAACAGAGAAAGUAACGCCGUCCAAAGAGCCACGGUUUCAUCUCUUGUGCCACCGAGUAAAUCGCCCUUCAGGUUGCACAACAGGUCCCAUUCCAGUUCCACCAUGGCCUCUGUCCGUUCAGAUGGAACAUCUCAGGAUCCGGAGCGAUCGCUGACAGAAUACAUCCAUCAUCUAGAAAAAGUCCAACAACGGUUGGUGGGAGCAAAGCAAAUAAGCAGGACAGAUUUAGUCCUGUCCCCUAAAGAGGAAAGGAGGAUGCAGUCAGCCUGUUCCCCUGAUAUGAUUGGCUAUCGGCAGCGCUGGCUGCAGGAGAAUAGAACAUGGCUGUACCUGAGCUGCUUGUCACCCCUUUACCUGUCUAGCCCAGGUUCUGCCGUCCUCCAGACCCGUCCAAAGUAGUCUGAUUACUCCGACUGAAGUUUGCCUGCCUUGAUGUUAUUCAACAGUUUAUCAUGCCUUACUCCCAUGAAACACCAAAAUAUCAACCUUGUUCAAUUUUGUUCAAAUGUAAUAACAUUAAACAUGUUUUCUAAGGAAUUGUUUUUAUUUUUAUUAUUAAACAAUUUACAUAUUUUUGUGUGUCCACAGAAGAUGCUGUAAUAGCACGUUUUUUCUGUGAUUUUAUUGUUUUUAAACUAUUGUUUAGUGCUAUACAAAUGAGACUGAUUUGUAUAUAUGUAAACAUGUUUUGUUUCCGAUACUUGAAACUACUCGACAUGCAAUGUUGAAUAAAGAUAAGUUGUUUUAGUCAUAAA